AUGCGAAUGGGUUCACUUGACGGGCUUGGUGGUUUUCGAACAUUGGCUGGAUCCGGAAGGUAUGGUCAGGCCAGCUUAUCAUCAUCAUAUGCAUCAGGAGGUAUGCUCGGCAGGCUAAAUUAUCCUGCCGGUGUAAGCCUUCACAGUCUGGCAUCAUCGCCGCUGCUCCAACCUAAUCAUGGUCAAAGUUUAAGCAACUCCAUAAAUUCUUUUACGAAGUUGAAUCCAAAUGCUCCGCCUGUAAGCCAGAAUGCUAGUUUAUUCCAUGGAAUUCCUACAUCUUUGGAGCUUGAUCAAUUGCAUGAACUCCCAACAAUCAGCCGUUUGCCUCAAGAUAGGGUAAGAGAGAAUAGCACUUCAGCCGGCCCUUAUUUGCCGAACAACACUGUUGAUUUUCCUUCCUCAACCAUAGUAUCCCUACCUUUUGAAGCUUUAAGAGGAGAAACACAAUGCCUGGAAAGUUUAGGGGAUGGUGUUCAGAUUAUGAACCAAGCGUACUGCCAAUGGUGGCCAGAUCAGAACCAACAUUAUUCCCAGAACUCAAACCAUAUUUUUGGCAACAUGAGCUCUCAAGUUUCCAGCAAUGGUGGUGUGGCGUCUUUACCCCAGAGCAUGGACCAAAACAAUGAAGUGGUCUACAGAGGGGUGGACGUCUCUUUGAUUGGCAGAUCAAAUGGAGGUUCUUCAGCACUCAUACAACAUAGUCCCGACUCGAGGACGAGGACAAGGGAAGACUAUCUCUUGGAGACAACAAAGCAACAAGUUGGUUUUAUUCCUCAGGGAUAUGGCUCCCUUGAUGAUCUAAUGAGUGCAAUGAAACGGGUGCGACGCUUUUGGUGCAGAAGCGAAAAGAGGCAAGGUGAGGAAGAACACAAAGCACAUUUUGUAGCGCAGGUGCGAAACUCAUCGCAAAAGCGGAAUUUGGUAUCCGCCUGUGCGGGUGUUGCUGGGCAAUGUUAUCUCGCAGAUGGGAGUUUUUUUUCCGCAGAAGCGAGGGACGCAG